UCUUCAUAAGAUCUGUCCCUGUGGCAACUCACACAUUUACCGCUGGCUGGGGCUCUUUGAGCUUUAUCUUUGUUGUCGGGAGUAUUUUUUAUUGUUCUGUUUGGAGGUGUGCUGCAUCCCAACGUGGCACGACCGGGACAUCUCUUGUAUUUACCUCGUCACCUGGCGGAUGACAGAUAAUCUUGGACCUUGGAUGAGAAGGCGAGCGGCGAUGCGUCGGCACCGCUAACUCCUUUGACACAAACUGAGCUGUUUUUUGUUUUGCUUUUUUGUUUGUUUUUGGUUUCUAUAUUCAAGAAGGACAGAGGAAAUCUGGAGUCCACAAUAAUGAAGCUGAAACCGAACCAGACCAGGACGUACGACGGAGAGGGUUUUAAGAAAAGAGCGGCGUGUCUCUGCUUCAAGAAUGAACGGGAGGAGGAGGUUCUUCUGGUCAGCAGCAGUCGGCACCCGGAUCAGUGGAUCGUUCCUGGAGGAGGGAUGGAGCCCGAGGAGGAGCCCUGGGGCGCUGCGGUGCGAGAAGUCUUCGAGGAGGCCGGCGUGAAGGGCAAACUGGGACGCCUUCUCGGUGUGUUCGAGCAAAACCAGGACCGGAAGCACCGGACGUACGUUUAUGUUUUGACCGUGACAGAGACGCUGGAGGCCUGGGAGGACUCAGUUAACAUAGGCCGGAAGCGGGAGUGGUUCACCGUGGACGAGGCCAUCAAAGUGCUGCAGAGCCACAAACCUGUUCACGCCGAGUACCUGCGGAGACUGCAGCUCAGCUGCUCCCCCACCAACGGGAACUCCAUCCUCCCAAGCCCGCCUCCGAACGACAACUACCCUCACUACAGCACCACCACGGGCGCCCCCUCGACGGGCAGCGUGCUGGGCUCCUCCUGGAGAUAGGACCCCACCGCGCUGCCGCCUCGCCUGUCCCGGCUCGGACAGUUUACAGAAAGUCUGUACAGUCUCUUGCAUGAAAUCUAAAAGACUUCUCAGAGCCCCGGCUCGCCUGUAUUUAUUAUUUCUUGCCCUCGCUUCAAGACUGACCAAAGCUGCUGCCAGGACUGUGAUGGAAGACUUGAAACGUCUCUUCUGCUGGCAAGAGUCAGACUUGGGGAGGGAAAAAACAAGGAUGCUGGACACUGCUGUUGUGAAUGAACUUUAAUUAUGGGAUGCCUUAUUGAAACUUUGUAUGAAUGUUUUAAUUCACUUACCGUCGCGGUUACCUUUUCAGCGGCGACGUGCGGGCUGUGGGAAAAACAUUGAAAUAAAAAGAGUUGCUGGCUCCAGCAGCACAUCAGUGUGCAGAAUGUUUCCAUGUCACCAACACACACGAUGGUAACGGUAAAUAUAUUACACAUGGAUAUUUAUUAAAAAGAAAACACCUUCAAGUUCAAAAAUCCCUUUGUUCCACUUUGUGUAAACAUAGUCAAUUUUCUUUUUUUUUUUACAGAUGCAUAAUAUAAAGAUAAAUUAGCUAUUAAAUCUGCUUUCCUGCAUUGCUUUUCAAAAACAAGUGAAUUUUAAAAUCUACUUUUGGGGAAAAAAGCUUACGUUUUCAAUACGUUCUACCUCAAUAAACUUAAACUGGAUACGAGAUUUCUGUUCGGUAACCUCUUCUGACGCAAUGCUACUGAUUAAAAUUCAUUCAGCCUGCAGCGUUACCUAACUAAUGUGUGCACGCCAUCUUCUGUCUGAAGUGUUACAUCGAGCAGGCUGCUGGUUUUACUCCAGAGAGAACUGAUAUUUCUAGAUGGCAUUAAAGUAGAGAUGCACUGAUCAGUUAGUUGGCCAGAGAUCAAAAUCAGAUUCUAUUUCUUAUUUCUUCGGUGGUGCUGAUCUGUCGUAAAAUACCAAAAUAUCACUUCUUUUUUUCCCAUUAAAACUAAAACCAGCCCCUAUGUUUGUUCGGUUAGCUAGCAUUUCAUUUAAUUAUUUUUCUAUGUCUGGAUAAGUACGGAAAAUGUUCCAAGUUUGUUCCAUGUUGCAAUUUUUUUGUUGAAAGAAUGAGAAUUUCUUAAAAAUAAAUAUAUAUUAGUUGUCUUCUUAAAUAAACAUUUUUGUGGUUAUAUUAAAAACUGAGAUUUUGCUCAUAAUCCAAAAGCUGCCACAACUUUUUUUUUUUACUUCGAGAUUUGCUUGCAUUUUGAGCAAUCAAAGUAAUCAAAGCAUUUCUUUUACAAACAAAAUUAAUCAGAAAUGACAUCGUCAAUUUAGGAAUCUCUAUGUAUUGUUGAAAAGAUGAAUUUGCAUUUGAGAAGCGGAUGAUGUUGUAUAGAUUGUAAAACGAGAACUAAACUAGAUCCAGAUACCAGAAAAGCUGUGAAAUUUUCCUUUACCACCCUGAGAGGUGAGAGGCAUUUGUUUUUCUUCCUAAUUUGUUGUAUUCCUUUACAGAUGCAGAUUUUGAUUUUUGUAGUGGUCAGAAAAUGUCUCUUUUUAAAACUUGUUUGAGUUUGUCUGCUCUUCCUGCGAACGUCAAUGAUUUUCCUUCAAAUCAGUCUGAUAAAGUGAUCCAGUAAAAAAGAUGUACUUGAUUACUGAUUUUUUUUUUCAAAAUAUCAUUAGUUUCUAACAACUACAACAAAAAAGAUUCCACAUAUAAAAAUUAAGGAAAUGCUAACCCUCACAUGACACCCUGAACCAAAUUUCCCAUGAUGUUUUUCACCAUUGCUUUUUUUUUUUGUACGUAUCUGGUGUCAUUCUUGUUUAAAAGAUAAUUAAAAGAUUAUAAUUUUUGUGUAAAAAUGCAAUAAUCGUGUUUUUCUGGUAAAAGCAUUGGAAAUAGAGGGGAGGAGCAAUUGUCCUGGAAAGGCGACUGCAGUUUGUGAAAACGCUUUCACAAUACCCCAUCCAGAGUUAUUAUGAAUUUUCUGUAACAUGUAAAUUGUAAACAGAUUGAACAUCAAGAGAAAAUAUAACCUGUAUGAAAAUUGCCUCCCUACCUUUUGCUUCGACAGCUGAAUGAGCACUCGAUGUGUGUAAAUAACUUUAAGAGGCAUUGUAAAAUGUGUUUUUAACCUGUACCUCUUUAAUAUUUUCUAUAUUUUUAAAAUGAUGCACAAACAGGACGUGUACAGUGUGGGGUGUCCAUGAUGUGAAGGCCUUGGAAAAGGAGAGUAUCGCCUCAUUCAUGAGAAAACACAAGAUUAUUUUUAAUUUGGGGACUUGAUUCAUAUUAUUUGAUUUCUUCAUUCACUCAAACAUCUGCAGAGCUUGAAUAUAAAAUAGGACGUCCCGUAUUAUGUUGAGGCUAAAAUGACACGUUUUGAGAAAUUUCAAAUAUAUCAGAUUUAUAUUUCUUCUUUUUUUUUUCCACUUUUGGACCGUUUCCAACACUGGCAGACCAAACCGUUUAUUAGGGUUAACUUUGGACUUGUUUUCCAAACUUUUUCUUUAUUUUAUGAUCACUUUGUUCUGUCUUCAUCACAUAACCUUAUCUUUUGUAAACAUCACUCAGGUCGUCUGAGCUGACAUCAAGCUUCGGCUUCUCCUACUGCUGUCUGUCUGUCUGUGUGUGUGUGCACACUUGUGUAUUACAAGGGGUGAAUUUAAAAUGAAUUGUGCCAAAUGUCAAAAUUUGUGCUAUACUAGGAAAAAAAACCAUCUAUAUAUGUUGAAAAUUAGAUAAGGUCUAAUCAUGACGAGUUUCUACAAAGUAUUUAAAAUGUUUUAUGAAGGUUUAUUUCUUAAAGACCAAUUUUAUAUAUACAUAUAUAGCUUUUUAAGGCUGUAUCAUUCACCAUCUAAUCGGUGGUUAAAUUCUGUCGGCUGCGUGUGCGGAAACGCCGUCGAAUGUUUCAAGUCUUAGCCAGUUUCCAUCUGCUCUUAUUCUUCUGUUGAAAAGCUUGUAAUCAAGGCAAAUGAAAGUGUUCUUACUGUUUAUCAUGGCAUUUUGCGAAGCUCAAUGUGAAAGUGAUCUGGGAGGAAGAGAUUGCAUUAAAGGAAGAACAACUUAA